UAAAGGCGGACACUGAACCACACGUUCGCCACACAGACACACACCUCUUUCCUUGAGCAUUCACUAGGUGAGGUGCUCCUGGGGCCCCGUGCGAUCCACUCAUGAACGUGUACCACCAGCAGACUCAUUUUCUGGAGAUUCACAACAAGAACUGCUGUGUGUUCCGGGACCAAUUCAUCGCCAACGUCUUGCCGCCGGUGUUGGUGCUGGAGUUCGUGUUUGGGCUUCUGGGCAAUGGCUUUGCCCUGUGGAUUUUCUGCUUCCACCUCAAGUCCUGGAAAUCCAGCCGGAUUUUCCUGUUCAACUUGACCGUGGCUGACUUUCUCCUGAUCAUCUGCCUGCCGUUCCUGACGGACAACUAUGUGAGAAAGUGGGACUGGAAGUUCGGGGACAUCCCUUGCCGGCUGAUGCUCUUCAUGCUGGCCAUGAAUCGCCAAGGCAGUAUCAUCUUCCUCACCGUGGUGGCCGUGGACAGGUAUUUCCGGGUGGUCCACCCGCACCACGCUCUGAACAAGAUCUCCAAUCGAACGGCGGUCAUCGUCUCCUGCCUCCUGUGGGCCCUCACUAUCGGCCUGACAGUUCACCUCCUGUACAACAAGAUGAUGAUCCGGAAUCACGAUGCCAAUUUGUGCAGCAGCUUUUCCAUCUGUCAUACCUUCAGGUGGCACGAUGCUAUGUUCCUCCUGGAGUUCUUCCUGCCCCUGGGUAUCAUCCUGUUCUGCACGGUCAGGAUCGUCUGGAGCCUGCGGCAGAGACAAAUGGACAGGCACGCCAAGAUCAAGAAGGCCAUCAACUUCAUUAUGGUGGUGGCCGUGGUAUUCGUCAUAUGCUUCCUGCCCAGUGUGGCUGUGCGCAUGCGUAUUUUCUGGCUCCUGCACACUAUGGGGACGAAGAACUGUGACAUUUAUCGCUCGGUUGACCUGGCGUUUUUCAUCACCCUCAGCUUCACCUAUAUGAACAGCAUGCUGGACCCUUUGGUGUACUACUUCUCCAGCCCAUCUUUCCCCAACUUCUUCUCCACCUUGAUCAACCGCUGCCUCCGGAAGAAGAAGAUGCCGGAGGGGCUAGAUAAUAACCGGAGCACAAGCGUGGAGCUCACGGGGGAUCUGACUGUGAGCAGGAGUGUUCCAGGGGCUUUAAUGGCCAACCCCAGUGAGCCAUGGAGCCCCUCGUAUUUGACUCCAGCCUCUCGUUAAAACCACCACGCCAAGAAGGGAGAUUGUCACCAAAAACCAAGAUCUCUGGAGAAACAGUUGGUCUGGAGCACACAGUAAUAUCACUAGACUCGGCCUGAGGUUUCCUGGGACUUCCAGAUUCAGAGAAUCCGAUUUAGAGAAGUGGUGCAGCAGAGUGGGCCGCUUGGUUGCAGAUUGUCACACAAAAAUCUUGGAGGAAUGGAGAAUCAAGUUUCUAUGCAUCUGAAACUUCCACUCCGUCUCAGACACUUGCAGAACUGAAGAUGGCAAAACCGUCCACGUUUCUGCCAAGCAGAGCUGGAGCCAGAGCUAUCCACCGGUACCUGUGUGAUUCAUGGGCCUCUUUCCUUCACCUGCCUGAGCCUCGGAUGAUUCUCAGCUCCUGGGGCCAUGCCGCGCCUGUUCGCAGCUCCAGCUGGGAAAAGCAGAGCUAAGUGACUGGAGGGGAGUUAUUGUUAAUUGGAGGGAGCCCUGGCAUCAUUAUAUCAGCCAGUAGAUCACCUGGGUUCCGUGGGAUCGAUUCAUCGUUUAGCCAAGUGUUAGCAGGAACGGACUAGACAAAGAGACUCAUAACCUUUGGUGAGUGGCCGAGUUUCCAGUGCUGGUAAGAAGGCAAUCAGUCCCGAGAGGUACUGAGCCAAACAAGCAGUGUUGCUAAGGGAAAGGAAAUGGCAUUUGUGCCCCAACCUGUAACUAAUCCAUUCCUCUCUUGUUGACACUAAUUUGACAGUUGAACAGUUAAAAAGGCUUCAGGGAAAAGAGCUGCUUCCCAUCUGUGUUUGCUUUCAUUAUUAAAAGGGACAUGCUGCCCAGUGGUUAAGGAAGAGGCUUCCUCCCGCUUCAUUUGCCCGUGUUUCUGUACUUAAUAAAAAAAGUCUACCAGUUCAAUAAACUUUGA